AUGAUUUACUAUCAACAAAAUUUAUUGUUACUCCUUACAGUUUGUAUUGUAUCACUAACACUUGCCAUAAAUGUUCAAAAUAUGAAUGAUUUACAGAGAAAUCAUUUGAUUGAAAGAGAAUUUCCCGGUGAAAAUAUCUUAAAUACUGAAUCUCAACUACAAAGGCAAGCACAUACAAUGGAUGAAGAAAUGCUUGGACGAGUAGAAGCUCAACUUAUGGGGGCAAUGGAAAUGCUUCAAAAUUAUCGAGCCGCUUCCUCACCAGCAAAAUUUACAGAAAAAAGAAAGAACAACAAAUUUGAAUUCAUUCGAUUUGGACGAUGA